CUUAGUGCAAGAGAGGCUGUUCUAUUUCGCAAUUUUGUGGAUAAUAUGGCCUUGUGGGUCGGUACCGACAUUACGGACCCUCAAAGACACUUUGAGGUGGUGGCUCCGGCGCGAGCUCUUCACGAGCCAGUAUUACGCGCGGCAAUUCUUGCAUUUUCAUCCCGGCAUAUCAAGAGGCAAAGACCGGACGGCGACACGGAGUCAUUAAAGUAUCACAACCAAUGCCUUGAGCUUCUCAUUCCAACACUGUCGUGCAAUGACAACGAGGUUACAGAGGAAUUACUAGCCGCCAUUGCAAUCCUCCGUCAGAAUGAAGAAAUGGAUCCACAGGACAACCAGUUCCAUUUAACAGGAACGACACGUAUAUUAAAUACCAUGUCCUCCUUUGGCUCCUCUGGAGGAUUAGGUGAAGCAGCCGCCUGGCUGUGCCUUCGCGAGGACAUGUACAUAUCACUCACGUCACAGUCGCCACUGCGGACAAAUCUACAGAGCUUUGAGCGGUCGGAUGUCUUCACCAGAACCGACGACUUUGCUUGGUCCAACCGGAUGGUCUUCCUGUUGGCCAGGAUAUUGAGCUGCGCCUUCAACGAGGAGAGCCGAACGAGACGUUCUUACGCUUCGUUGAACGCUCUAGAGGACGAAGUCGAGGAUUGGAAUGCAUCCAAACCGCAAACAUUCCAACCUGUUCAUUUUCUUCCUCGGGGAAAGGAGUCUGAUCGACGAUUCCCAACUAUCUGGACGCUGUUGCCAGUUCAUGUCGUCGGUUUACAAUACUACCACAUCGCAAAGAUCAUACUUGCUUUGUCUGGUUGUUCAAGUCCGUUGCUCCCAUACGAAAGCCUGCAACGCUCCCGGGACGUUGAAAGACUUGUCCGGGACCAUCUCCUCAAUGUCUUAGGCCUCGCUGCGUCAAACCCUAGGGCUGAAAAUACCCUUUUCACCGCACGGCAUAGCCUAGUGGCUUGGGGUUGGAUUCUCCGACAUAAGCUAGACCAAGAAGCCGCUGAAGAGCUACUGCAGUAUAUGGAGCUGAAGACUGGCUGGAAUACGUCUCGUUUGAUAGACUCACUCAGAGAGCAAUGGAAAAAUGAACUGGGCGAUGACUAAACCAUACUGUCUCACUCCUCUUUACGUGCGCGUUAGAAGGAUUUUAGUACUUUGUAGGCACCCAAUUCUCUCGUGUCAUAACCUCCAGUACCUCGUCUCUAAGAGUG